AUGACUUCGACACCCCUCAAACCUUCACUAAAAAGACCUCGUCUGGAGCUGGAGGAGGAGGAGGAGGAGGAGGAAGAAGAAGAAGCCGAAGAGACUUUGACAGAGUCAAAAAUUAUAGCCCAAGACUCGGAUGUGACAUUUGACCCUGCAGAGGAAUGCACAUCUGCAACUGAACCAACAGACUUGUCAAUCCAAGAAUGCCCAUCACAAAGGCUUGGGACAUUUCUGAGCGUACAGCAAGUCUGCCCACACUGCGAGUUUGUAAGAAAAUGGAACAGUCAGCCAAUUAUUGGUAGUACUCCAGCUGGCAACCUGCAUCUUUCUGCUGCAGUCUACUUGAGCGGUGCAUCAUUUUUUGUAGUUGAAAAGGUAUUUGCUGCAAUGAAGCUACACAUUUUUAAAUAUAAUUCAUUUCGCCGUCAUGCAAGACUUUGCAUUGAACCUGCUAUUGUCCACAAGUGGAGAAAUUGGCAGAGUGAAAUGCUAGAACAGCUCAGUCGAAGAGAGAAUGUGAUUGUUGGAGGAGAUAUGAGGGCUGACUCCCCAGGUCACUCGGCCAAGUAUGGGAGUUAUACAAUGAUGGACCUUGCAACUAACACAGUGGUCGACCUACAGUUAGUCCAGAGUAAUGAGGUGGGUGGCAGUUACCAUAUGGAAAAAGAAGGCCUAAAGAGAAGCCUUGACCUGUUGGAUGCCCGCGGUGUUCGUCUGGAAUGCAUCAUCACAGACCGACAUCCUCAAAUACAGAAAUACCUCAGGGAUCGAAAUGUCACUCAGUUUUACGAUGUGUGGCAUAUCGAGAAAGGAAUUUCCAAAAAACUGGACAAGAUAUGCCAGAUAAAGGGGUGUGAGAAGUUGCGUAAAUGGUUACGUAGCAUCAAAAACCACAUCUACUGGACUGCUGCAUCAUCCACAACAGGUCCUGAAAGAGUGGCAAAGUGGACCUCUAUCUUAAACCAUGUACAAGACAAACAUGUACAUGAAGACCCCAGUUUUCCGGCUUGUCUGCAUCCGCAACGGAUAAGCAGAGACAAGAACAAAUGGCUGUCGGCUGCAACGAUGCCAUUCUACAAGCUGGAGAAAGUUCUCGCUAACAAGAGAAUAUUGAAGGAUGUGGCCAAGCUAAGUCCUCACCACCAGACGUCAACUGUUGAAGCUUUCCACAGCGUCAUACUGCGGUUUGCACCCAAAAAUGUGGUAUUCCCUUUUCUGGGGAUGCUAUGCAGGUUGUACUUGGCUGCACUGCAUUACAAUGAAAAUGCCGGGCGUCCCCAGGCCACAUCAGCAACUGGUAAACCUAUUUACAAGCUUGCCUUUCCAAAGGCAAAGAAAGGAGAGUAUAGGGUCCGAGAAGUGAAGACACAGCAAACUUUCGGUUAUGUAGAAGAGCUGCUGGACCUCAUCUUCAACCAAGUGUUUGUGGACCCAUCACCCUAUGUUGAUGAAGUGUUGGGAAUUCACAUACCACCUGCUCUAUCAUCAGCCUACGAUCGACCUGAGAUGGAGGAGGCUAUCUCCAGCAGGGUGACCCGCUUCAAUCAAUAGCUAUCCUAAAACCCACAUAGCUGCCCUGCUCUUCAGGAAACUGUCUUCGAAUCUUCAGCACCACACAGGCAGGAAUCACAACACGGACUCUCCGCCCGAGGAAACCCCAACACCAGCUCACAAAGCUCCGAUAAGCCAAAAAGCGGCACUGUCUAACAGAGACAUAAUAAUAAAACAUUGUUUUAGAAAUUGCACUACAAUUUGAACUUGGGAGUUAUCACAUAUACAUUUUUAUUUUUUAUAAAAUAACUAGCUUUAACAAUUUCAGAAGUCAUAUUUUGUUUAUUCAACUGCCAAUGUAUAUUUGAUAUGUUUGUAUGUGUUUGUAGAUAUACUGUACUUUCUAAUGUUCAUGGACAAUUGUAUUUCAUUCAACAAAGUGACAACUUGGAGUUUAUAUUUUAUAUUUGCACAAGGAUACAUUUUAUAUUUGCCAUCACAUUUUAAUUUAUACUUCAAUAUAAAGUUUUUAUAUGACUCAGGAAUUGAAGCAUCUUUUCUGAAGGGUUGAUGUUUCUAUGCCAUACUGAUUUUUAUAUAUUUUAAGAGUUUAUAUAUUAAUGUUUAGUGAAUUUAAAAUUAUUUUUCAAUAAAAAGUACAUGCAUUACUCAGCCUUUUAUGAAGUCAUUCAAAUUGUCAUCUCAGAAAUAGCAGCAAUAAAAAACGGUACGUAUUUCAUUUUUAUUGACAUUGAGGUAAAGUUGGUUUUAUAUUCAGAUAUUCGGACAUUCUCCUUAAUAGUAU